UCACUGAGAUAUUAAAUGGUCAUUUUUAUUAUGCUCACUUCUAUGUUUAUAUAAAAUUAAAUGUAUCAGUUUAUUGUUUCAUCAUCUACUAUAAGUGAUAUCUUCUGCAUACUUUUUUAAUGCUGUAAAUAUAUAUAUAAUUAUGGUAUGAUAUACAUAAUCUCGUUUUAAUCAUAGAGAGAUAUAAAGACUAUAAUGAAUAAGGUUAUGUUUACAAAUGUCAUAGCUUUUAGUAAAUUACUAAAAGUAAAUCACGAAAUUACAAAAUUUGCAACUAAAUUUCUACAUAUACGAUAUCAAAUCCUCUUUUCAAAGGACAAUGAAAUGUCUGAGAGUCCAAGAAUGCGUGAAUUUAGAAAAAAAUUAAGAGAACGUACACCUAUAGAAAAAUUGGAAGAACUGGAAGAAGGCAAACAUCCUUAUCAAGAAAAAGAACCAUUGAAACCAUUUCCAAAUGAUACUAAUCCAGAAACAGGUGAAGUAGGAGGUCCACGUGGACCAGAACCAACACGAUAUGGUGAUUGGGAAAGGAAAGGUCGAGUAACAGACUUCUAAAUAUUUUUUAGUGCAUUGUAUGUACAUAAAAAAUAGUUUAUACAAGAUGUACAAUUAAAAACACGUAUAAUUUAGCAAUUUAAAUUAGAAUAAAAAACUUACUGUUUAUGUGUAUAAAGUAUAAAAUAAUAAAUAUUAUAUUUACAUUUAAAAAAUGUAGCCUUCACUUUUAGACAAUCAUGCUUUAUUCUGUCAUACCAUACUUUUACAAACAUUUUUAACUAAUGGAUAAACAAUUAAGUAUCAAAUUACAAUGAUAAAAGGUAUCCAACAUACAUACAAGCCUUCAUUUGUAAAGCAAUAAUUUUGAUAAUUUAAUACUGGAUACUUCUUUGCUAUAUGUAUACAUAGGUAGUUUAUUGCGAGUUAAAGAACCAGAGGCAAAAGGUGAGAAAAAAGAAUCAAUAAGAAUGAAACAAUUUCAUAAAAAAUUAAAAUUGCAACCUAUACCUAGUAAGUAUAAUUCGUAAUAUGUUACAUGAAAUAACAGAUAAAAUUAAUAUAAGAUUUGAUUGCCAUAAAUUUAUGAAAUACAAUUAUUAUAAAAAAAUAUAAUAAUAGGGGUACCUCCAAAAGAACGUUUCGUGGACUUAGUAUUAGUGGAAACUGAUCCAAAUAAUGGAGAACUAAUAACAAAUAGCGAAAAAGAUCCAACAAAGUGGGGGGAUUGGCAAAAUGGUGGGCGG